ACAGGGAGAAGUCUGCAAUUUUAAAUAGGGUGUCAGGAAAGGCCCCACUGAGAAGGUAAGACUAAAGGAGCUGAGGAAUAGCUGUGCAUCUGUCCGGGGAAAGAGCAUUCACUCCGCCCGGGCAGGGCAAGGUGAGCACAGAGCUCUGGGGCAGGAAUGUCUGACAAGGUCCAGAGCACCCGGGAGGCCAGGGCCAUCAGCCUGAGGGGCUGGGGCAGUGGGGAGCCUAUGACAUUUAGCCAAUGAAAAGGCUUUGGUAUUUGCUCUGCCUUCAUUUCGAAAUAGGUUGUGAACACAGAUGCAAUCUGAUUUUAGAAAGAGAGGUGGGGCACCUUCCUCCCUCCCGGCUAUCACUGCCCCAUGUACAGAACCUUUACUAACAGCGUCUGCACAGAAAUAGCAGAUGAGACGCCUGUGGCUGUAGGAGAAAGGGGAAGAGGCCCCGGCACCUGAACUGGAUAAAGGGCUAUGAAGGGGCAGAGGCAGAGUGGUCUUAGUCUUUGGAAGUCUCAUUUUUCAGAGACUUUCCUGAAUUUUCUAUAGCUCUUAGGCUUGUGAAAACGGAACCCUUUCCUUUAUAAGCUUGUGUAUCAAGAAGGUUCUGUUUCCUUAGCCAAGACGCAUCUGCUUUAUUCUGAUCAGUAGAUUACUGCAUUAAGUAAAAGCCUUUCCUGUUUCCUUACAAUUCACUGCAUCUUUGAAAUAAGCAGUUGGAAUGUUUCUUACCUAACAAGCCUGAAAUGUUGAGUUGGAUUGCGUCUGUGUGCUGGUGCUUCUCUGGAAUAGUCAUGCCCGCAUAACACAAAUAUGAACGUUUUCUUCCCCGGAAAACCCAGCUUUCUUUCACUGACAGUGUUUUAAUAGGUAACCUACUCCUAACUACAGGUAACCGUUUUUUCCUUAUGUUCAAUAAGGCAUCUGGCUGAUGAACAGGGUGGCGAGGCCUCCGGGGCCAGCGGGGGCGCAGGCGCAGGCGCAGACCUGGGAACCGGAGGAUGACGAUAUGGCCGAAGGCGAUUUAGGGUACGGCCUCGGAAGAAGGCCUGGCGCUAUUUAUGAAGUGCAAAUUUCACCUUUAUUUACAUCUAGAAAAAGAUCAGAUGAAAGGAACUCUAGCCCUCCCCCAUUUCCAGGAAAGGGGGAAGAAAGAAGUGGUGCUGUUUUUCAAUAUUCCAGGCCUAAGGGCUUGCAAGAUACACACCCCGUCAGGUCCAGAACCUGCCGUUACAGACGACAGAGCAGCCCCGAUUCUAAUUCAGAAUUAUCAAGUGUAGAAUUAAAGCAACGUCUUGAGGAAACAUUAGAGGAGGUAGAAAUUUUAAAAACUGAACUUGAGGCAUCUCAAAGACAACUUGAAGGUAAAGAGGAAGCACUGAAAAUCCUUCAAAGCAUGGCAAUACUUGACAAAGCCACAAGUCAUACCCAGGUGGUACUUCAAAAAACUAUGGAACAAAAGAGAUCCUUGGAGAAGGAACUAAAUGCCUUGCAGUGGAAAAUAGAAUUUGAUCAGAAUAGAUUUAAAAAUAUAGAGGAAUCUUGGACCCAAAAGUAUGACAGGCUCGACUGUGAAAGCGCAGUCCUCAAAGAAACUUUGAAACUAAAAACAGAAGAGAUUAAAAUGCUGAAGUCUGAAAAUGCAAGUUUGAAUGGACAGUAUUUGGAAGCCCUUGCUAUGCUUGAUAUCAAACAGCAGAAGAUGGUUCAGGAAACCACGUGCAAUGAUAAAAGUGACUUUACAGAGGCUUCAGGUCUUGAGCUUGCAGUCCUUGGAGCCUGCCUUUGUCAUGGUCCCGGAGGGAGCCCCUGUUCCUGUGCUAAAAUGGCGGCGUCUGCUCAGAAAAUGCUUCUUCAGCUCAAACAGGAGCUGGAACUUUUGCAGAAGAGUAAAGAAGAAGCAUACAUAAUGGCAGAUGCAUUCAGAAUUGCGUUUGAGCAACAAUUAAUGAGGAAAAAUGACCAGGCACUAAGAUUAACACAAAUGGAUAAAGUGUGUAAAAAAGAAACAAAAUGGAUAAAUUGGAAGCAAGUUAAAGAGGAUGGAUUACUAUCACAAAGGACGAAGAAGACCUUAGGGCAGAGACUGCUGGGGAUGCUUCCUUUGGAAAACAGUUCUAAGAGGACUGAAGACCAGCAUAAUCCUCAGGAAGUCUUUAAGAUGCUAAUAGAUUUGCUGAACGAUAAAGAAGAAGCUUUGGCUCAUCAAAGAAAAGUUAGUUACAUGCUUGCUCGGGCAUUGGAAGACAAAAACGCAGGCUCAAAAGGGAACAAUGACAAUUUCCCAUUAAAAUGCCGCCAGCAGAAAACUACAGAACUCUCUGUUUUGCAUGAUCCUGUACCUUCAAGUGUUCAAAUUUUUAAUUCUCUGGGCUGCAUAUGUCUACCCCAGCAUCUUCAUACAGGUCAAAAUGACACAAGAACUCUAAAAAGAUCCCAUUCUUUGCCAUCAAAUAUGUUUUGAAGACAAACCAGGUGAAAUUAGAACCAAGAACUGUUUAUAUCAAGAGA